UUGGUCCGUGAUCUUUGCAGAACCUUCUGUUUCUCAAUGCAAUUCAUUGUGGGUAUGGAACUUUUGGGAACGCUUGUCCUUCCCGUGGCUAUCAGUUUCACUCUUUACCUCAUCAUCAUCUCGAUCAUUCCUGGCGGUGCCAAUACUACCAUUCCCCUCGUGCUGUUGGCCAUCGUCCUCGGUCUACCUGGUCUUCUCAUUGUCGUGACGUCAUGCAAGGUUGCGUAUGUCGGAUGGAUGAUUGUAUAUUUGUUUUCGCUGCCCAUAUGGAAUGGUCUCCUCCCUGCUUAUGUGUUCUGGCAUUUUGAUGACUUCUCAUGGGGUCAGACGCGGCAGAUUGUGGGUGACAAGGGUGGCGACCAUAGUGACAAGGAGGGAGAAUUUGACUCCUCGCAUAUUGUCAUGAAGCGUUGGGCCGAGUUUGAGCGUGAUAGGUGGUGGAAGAGUGGGGUGCAAUCCCGUGACUCGACCGUGUAG